AUGAGUGUUUUUAUAGAUAAAGAUUGGCUUUCCAAAUAAUUAGAAAAUGUGCAGUAUAUUGACUACUAAAACUGUAAUUAACCAAGUAAUACUGACAUUUCAGAGUUUGUACUAAAUUAAUCAGUUGGAGAAAGUCCAUUUAUUUAAUAACAUAAAAGAGAUCCUAUAGAUUUUUCAUUGUUAAAAAUUGAAAAAUUAGAAGAUUAUCAAUAAAUUAAUUAUACACCAAAAAAGCAAUAUUCAUCUGCAAAAAGAAAAUAAAAUUAUAAAAAAAGUAAAACUUCUACUACCGGCUUUGCACUUGAUAAGAAUGAUGAAAACUAAAAUGAUAUAGAAACCUUGAAGAAAAUAAAAUCUUCAUAAAUUCAAAAAAAAUCAGAAUUUACAAACUAAUUAAAUUAAUAUAAAUAGAAUUUUUCAAUAUAAAUCCAAGUGAAAUAUUUUGGAACAUAAUAUUAAUAAAUCAUAUCUGUUGAUGAAUCAAUUAGAGCUGCCGAAUUUAUUGUAUUAGCUUUGAAAAAAUUUGCUUCUGAUCCUAAUAGUGACAAAUCUAAAUUUGAAUAUUAAAAUUUUACGUUAGCUUAUAAAUUGAUUGGUACAGACAUAAGUCCCUCAAAGUAUAUAUAUAAUAAUGAUGAGAAUUUUGACAAUGAUAGUAUUAUUUAAGAAGAUGAAUCUUUAGAAUAACCAGAAAUAGAUUUAGAAUCUCAACUAUUCAAUAAAAUGGUAGAAUUAUUACCAUCUACUACGAAUUUUGGAUUAGACUUUGAAACAAUAAAACAAACAUUUGUAUCACAUCCAUAAUCUAUUAUUUUAUUAAUAGAAGACACUUAAUCUUAAAUCUUUUAUCAUAUUAAAGUAGAUAAAAAAGAUAACUUGGGAGAUUGUUUAAUUGAAUUAAAUAAAAAAGUAAGUAAAAAAUAUUUAAAAAGUGAUUACUAUCUAAGUCUAAAGUUCUCCUGUGUUAAUUAAGAUUAUGGAGAACUAAACGAGUUAUUUCCUAUUAAUUAAUUGCCUAUUCAUUGGUUAGUUAUUAUUUUAAGAGUAAAAGAUUAAAUUUCAGAAUCAUUGGAAGAGGUCUCAAUGGCUAAUAUUUGCAGAACAUUUAAUAAUACAAUUAAUGAGAAUAUGAGUGCCUCAAAUUCGUGUCGUUUCUUAUCAUUAAACUUUAUGUAAUUAGCAAAAGUAGAGAAAUUACCUUUAUUAUAUGGAUAUUAAGAAUUCAAUUUUAUAAUAAUUCAGAAAGGAUAAUAAAAUGAUGUGGUUUUGGGGAUUGAUUAUUUUGAUCUCUAUUUAACAUAUAAUUAAAAAUAAUCUAAAAAAUUAGGAAUUAUCAAAUCGGUAUCCAAUAUAAUAAAGUCAUUUUUUAUUUAAAAAGUAGCAUAAAAACCAUAUAAAAGAAUUCCAAUAAAUGCAAUUACAGAUUUAAAGCAGCAUGAAGAAAAAUAUUUUGAAGUAUUCUAUGAAUUAUAAGAUGGAUACUAAAAAUAAAUGAAAUUCCUAUCCAAAAACGAUGACAAAACUGUUUUUCGAGAAGCUUUCACUAAAUUAGAGUAUUUAGUAUCAAUAAAACAAAUUCAAUGA